UCGCUGUUUUAGACUGUAGCACGUUGUUAGCCUUCAUGCUUUGAUUAGACUACGUCGAUGAUUUAAACGUGGCGCGUUUGCACUUUUAGUCCAAAGCGUCGAAGUGUUUUUUCCAACGUGUGGGAAAGUUAUCGUCUAACGUUGAAUAACUGUCUCGCCUACAUCAGUGGCGCUUUAAUCGCCAUUUUGCGCGUUCAACGUCUCGAAACUAGCAAAAAGAAUGGCCGAGGCAGACCGACCGGGGAAGCUCUUCAUCGGUGGACUGAACACAGAGACCACCGAGAAGGCCUUGGAGCAGUACUUCAGCAAAUAUGGCAGGAUUGUCGAAGUACUUCUAAUGAAGGACCGUGAAACAAACAAAUCCAGGGGCUUUGCAUUUGUAACGUUUGAAAGCCCAGCUGAUGCAAAGGAUGCAGCCCGUGAAAUGAAUGGAAAGUCUCUAGAUGGCAAGCCUAUUAAAGUGGAGCAAGCCACAAAGCCCCAGUUUGAGAGUUCAGGGAGACGAGGGCCACCGGUCAUGCAUUCUCGAAGCCGGGGUCCUCCCAGAGGUCCCCGUGGGUCAAGGGGAGGCAUUAGAGCAACUUCUAGAGACUACUAUGAUUCAGAAGAUGGAGAUGGUUACUUUAGUCGGAUGUCAUCAAGAGGUCCCCCUCCAAUGAAACGAGGUCCCCCAGUUCGCAAUGGAGGUCCUCCACCCAAGAGAUCGGCUCCGUCUGGUCCUAUGAGCAGGCCUCCUAUGAACAGAGACAGGGAUUCUUAUGGCCCCCCACCUCGCAGAGAUUCAAUGAUGUCCAGGAGGGAUGAUUAUCCAUCAUCAAGAGAUGACCAUUACAACCCUAAAGACGGAUACUCCAGCCGGGAUUACAGCUCAAGGGACCGGGACUACGGACCUCCCCCCAGGGAUUGCUCAUACAGAGAAUAUUCUAGUUCUGGCUCCAGAGAUGACUAUGGCUCAAUGUCAAGAGGAUACAGCGACCGUGAUGGUUAUGGAGGUGGCCGAGAACCAAGAAGCUAUAUGGACCGUCCCAGUGGUGGCUCCUACCGCGAUUCCUAUGAUGGUUAUGGUAACUCUCGCAGUGCCCCACCUUCACGGGGCCCCCCACCAUCCUAUGGUGGGAGUGGUGGAAGCAGUCGUUACGAUGACUAUGGCAGCAGCUCCCGGGAUGGCUAUGGCAGUCGUGACAGUUACCCCAGCAGUCGGAGUGACCCAUAUCCUCCCAGCCGCGGAGAAAGAAUGGGUAGGCAGGAAAGGGGCCCAGCCCCCUCUGGCGAGAGAGGCUACCCUCCUCGUGACUCGUACGGCUCAAGUCGUGGAGGGCCUCGUGGUGGCCGUGGUGCCAGUCGAGCUGAUAGAGGAAUGGCUCGCAGCAGAUACUAAAAUGGACUUGGAAGUGUCAUUAAUGAAAACGUUGAUCUUCGUACAUGCUUGACACAUGUUUUGGAAGAAAUCUGAUGAAUACAAACAGACAAAAUGUGUCUAACUCUGUGACUUAGGAAGCUUAGCUUUGUAUCUUUACUUUCCCAGUUUUUAUGUGUAUUUCUUUUCCCUUUUUUUAAUAUAUAGUAUUUCUUUACCUUUGUCACAGUAAAGUUAAAUGUUUUUGUCAGUUCAGUGUAAUUGGAAUUUGCAUUGCCCUAUAAAUAUGGCUUUCCUACGCAAAUAAAGCUUUUAGUUGUAACUCUACAUCUGCUCAUCGAUUUUUCACAUCAAGAUUUCUGACGUGAAUGUGGGGAAAAGUGACAUCUCCUUUACACAGUUUUCUAAUGCAUAGGUGAGUCUGUUCGUGCUAUAUGAUGGAGUGGAAUGAAAUAUUAAACAAAUGUGCUUCCAACUGGACACUACUGUUUGCAAGAUGGAGAAAAUGUUACUGUCAAAAUGUUCCAAUGUAGUUCCCUUUGGAAAUGGAUCCAUCACCCUAGAGCAAUUUGAUGGCAUGCAACGACAAAACCAAAGGGCAACAAGCAAACAGAACUCGACCGAUAGUCAUCAGCUGGUAAGCAAAGCAAACCUAUUUGUCUCUCACCUGUAAAUGAGUUUCUCAUUGUCCUGUAUUACACAAUCUUCACUCCAGACAACUUUUGCCUCAGGGGACAAUGCAGGAGGUCAAAUGAAAUAAGCCAAUUUAAAUGUUUUUUUAGCAGGUAAACAUUUUUAAGAGCAACGACCUAUGAGGAAUCCUUCCUUUUGAUCAACAAGGCUUUGACAAUCUGAGCCCUCAAACAUACCUUUUUGCCCAACGAGUUGUGCAGUUUCAAAGAAUUGGCAACAAUGUGUUUCGACAUAAGUGACAUCCAGUAAAAACUUUUGUCUUGGUAAAAACCAAGCAGUCAUAAAUUAAGUUCAGUUACCACACCCCUUCUACAAGCAAUGCCCAUUAAAAACUGAAGACCUGUGGAGAAAAGCCAUCAACCCAACAGCCAAACGGGGAAAAAAAUCACUAUGGAGAAACUUGAAGUUGGAUUGAGGACUACAAUAUUUUUAUUUUUAAUAUCUUUAUUUCUUUGUUCAAUACACUCAUAAGAUGAGGACAACAAAGUUAAUUGUUUUUCUCUAUUUCAGGAUGACCAUCAAAGCAAUGGCCGCUGAAAUGUUCCUGAGUCAUACCCUCCAGUUGUUGGACCGCUUUUUAACCAGUGCAUCGUUUAACAACCUAAGUUCUGGUGCAGCCCAUCGUUGGAGUUGGCUGAAACCGUUUGAAGUGGGAAGAAAAUCCAGACAUGAAGACUUAUUUAAUUUUGCUAUUUGUUGUAGUUUAAAUAAAGUCUUUAAAUGA